CGCCAACCGACGGUGAGCAUUGGUUAGAAGAUUUAAUUUAUCAAAAGCCGGUGUAUAUGUACUGCGUUGUUUCGAGAUUCUUUUCUGAAGAUUUAAUAUUUUUUCACUUUGAGGAAAAGGAAGAAUUUUUAAGUUAAGCCGAUAUGGAACUGACGGAUGAUAAUUUGCUUACGCUUAGUGAAUAUUUAAAGCAUACACUUAGUCCAGACGUAAAUGAAAGGCGACCAGCUGAGAAAUUUCUAGAAUCUGUUGAAGUGAAUCAAAAUUAUCCAUUACUUCUUCUACAUCUUGUGGACAAAUCUGAAAUCAACAUAACCAUUAGAAUUGCUGGUGCAGUUGCAUUUAAAAACUAUGUCAAACGUAACUGGAAAGUGGAAGAAGAUUCUGUUGAUCGUAUUCAUGCCCAAGACAGAGAAACUAUAAAAAAAUUAAUCGUUAAUUUAAUGUUGCAUUCUCCUGAUUCUAUUCAGAAACAGUUGUCCGAUGCUGUUUCAAUUAUUGGAAAAUAUGAUUUUCCAAAUAAGUGGCCAGAGCUUAUAGACCAAAUGGUUGAAAAAUUCAAUACAGGGGAUUUUCAUGUUAUUAAUGGCGUUUUACAUACUGCACAUUCUUUAUUUAAAAAAUAUAGAUAUGAAUUUAAAAGUCAAAGUCUGUGGACCGAAAUAAAAUUUGUAUUGGACAGAUUUGCUAAACCUUUAACAGAUUUGUUUGUUGCUACAAUGAAUUUAACACAAGUACAUGCGAACAAUGUAGAAGCAUUAAAAGUUAUAUAUAGUUCUUUGGUAAUUUUAUCUAAAGUGUUCUAUUCUCUUAACUUUCAAGAUUUACCAGAAUUUUUUGAAGACAAUAUGGCUGUGUGGAUGAGAAAUUUUCAUACCCUGUUGAAUACAGAUGUUCCAUCUCUACAAUCUUCUGAUGAUGAGGAGCCAGAAGUAAUCGAACAACUAAAAUCACAAGUCUGUGACAAUAUUGGCCUUUAUGCUCAGAAAUACGAUGAAGAAUUUCAACCGUAUUUACCUCAAUUUGUAACUGCAGUUUGGAAUCUACUUACGUCUACAGGGCAACAACCAAAAUAUGACACUUUAGUUUCGAACGCUUUACAAUUUUUAGCAACAGUGGCAGAUCGUGGUCAGUACAGAUAUUUGUUUGUGGAUCCAGGUACUUUAAGUUGUAUAUGUGAAAAGGUUAUAAUUCCGAAUAUGAAAUUUAGAGAAUCGGAUAAUGAAUUAUUUGAGGAUAAUCCUGAAGAAUACAUUAGGCGAGAUAUUGAAGGUAGCGAUGUAGAUACAAGAAGACGCGCUGCAUGUGAUUUAGUUAAAGUGCUUUCUAAAUAUUUUGAAGCAAAAAUAAUGGAAAUUUUUGGCGCCUAUAUUCAGGUAAUGUUACAAAAUUAUGCGGAAAAACCUGCUGAAAAUUGGCGAAGCAAGGAUGCUGCAAUUUAUCUAGUCACUAGUAGUGCAAGUAAAGCUCAGACGCAAAAACACGGCGUUACACAAAGUAGCGAACUUGUUCCACUACCUCAAUUUGCAAUGCAGCAUAUUGAACCAGAAUUAGUAAAACCAAAUGUGAACGAAUUCCCUGUACUUAAAGCCGAUGCAAUUAAGUUUAUAAUGACCUUUAGAUCAGUAUUGCCGAGAGAAAUGAUACUUGGAAGUUUACCGCAACUAAUUAGGCACUUGAGUGCUACGAAUAUUGUUGUUCACACAUAUGCUGCUUGUGCAAUUGAAAGAAUACUUGCAAUGAAAGGACCUGAUAAUUUGUAUUUAGUUAAAGGAACUGAUUUAUCGCCGCUAACAGCAGAUCUCUUAAAAGGUCUGUUUGCAUGUUUAAACAUGCCUGGUUCAGAAGAGAACGAAUACGUCAUGAAAGCUAUUAUGAGAAGUUUUGGUGUUUUACAAGAAAUUGUUGUGCCAUUUUUAGCAGAUCUUUUACCGAAACUUACAGAAAAACUUGCCAUUGUAUCUAAAAAUCCGAGUCGUCCUAAUUUCAAUCAUUUUCUCUUUGAAACAUUUGCAUUAUCCAUUAAGAUCGUAUGUAAAACUCACAAGGUAGCGGUUUCAUCGUUUGAAGAAGCAUUGUUUCCAAUUUUCCAAGAAAUUUUACAACAAGAUGUUCUAGAAUUUCUACCAUACGUUUUUCAAAUUCUUGCCUUGCUUUUGGAAUUACGAACUCAAGAUAUGCCAGAAGCAUAUUUGGCUUUAUUCCCUUGUUUACUGUCAUCUGUGCUCUUUGAACGUCAUGCUAAUAUUCAUCCAUUGAAUCGGUUAUUAAGGGCUUUUAUUAGCCAUGGUGCACACCAUAUAGUAGCACAAGAUAAAACAAAUGGUUUGUUAGGUGUAUUUCAGAAACUGAUUGCUUCAAAAGCUAAUGACCAUGAAGGCUUUUUAUUGUUACAAAGUAUUAUUGAACAUUUUGCACCGAAUGUUUUGGAACCAUACGUGAAACAAAUUUUUGUAUUACUUUUUCAAAGACUCUCAUCAUCAAAAACAACAAAAUUUGUAAAGGGUCUAAUUGUAUUUUUUGCAUAUUAUAUCAUUAGGUAUGGUGCGACUAAUUUGGUUACAAUUAUAGAUCAAAUACAAUCUCAAAUGUUUGGUAUGGUUAUAGAACGUGUAUUAUUAGCAGACUUGCAAAAAGUAUCGGGUGAUAUUGAACGAAAAGUAGCUGCAGUAGGAAUCUCAAAUUUACUGAUCGACUGUCCCGCAAUGCUAGAAAGGCCAUUCAAUACAUAUUAUCCACGUUUAUUAGCAACAUUAGUAGAAUUCUUUGAAUUGCCGCAGGAUCAAACUACAUUACCAGAGGAUGACGCGUUUCCUGAAAUUGAGGAUGCACCUGGUUAUCAAGUAGGAUACAGUCAACUUCUUUGUGCAAAAAAUCCUCCAAAAGAUCCAUUAGAAGCGGUUGGUGACGUACGUUUGCAUUUAGCACAAGGAUUAGCAAGAUUAUCACCACGACAGUUACUCAAUAUUCUAGACCAAAUUCCAGAGCCUAACGCAAAUCAUCUGAGGACCUAUCUUCAAACAGUUGGCAUUACUGUUGCAUAAUACAAGCUAGAUGUCCGAGAUAGACUAAAGAUUCAUCUAAUUACUCGGAAAAUAAACAAUAUCGAACUAAGUGAACUGUAACAAAGAGGCACAAGAAGUUCUUUUUUAAUAUUUGUUACGAAACGCUGCGAGACUGAACAUUGUAUCACUUGGUUAUCAUAUGUAAUUAAAUAAUUCAGCAUUUAUUUAUCAUUUUUAUGUGAUGCUGUUUGGAAUCUGUGACUCCGACAUCAUAGAAAUAUUAACAUUGUAGCACAACACUGAUUGAAACAGUCAGCCGCUGUGUUAUUUAUAUAUAACAUUCCUGAGGAAUUAUUUAAAUCAAUUCACUCUUUGUACAUUAAAAAAAAAAAGUAAAACACGUCUCAUUAGAUUAGGUGAUCUCUUGUUUAAUAAACAGGUGAGUAUCUAAUCGAAUGCUAUGCUGUUGUAUAAUGGCCUGUGGAUGAACUAAUUGUUAAAUAAUUUUCAAAGUGGGAUGUACAAUUUUUAUGCCUACUGUAUUUGUAAUGAUUGUUGAACAAAAAAUUUUAAUCACA